CAGGCUAGGCGGACCGGUAGUGCUGACUGUGAAAUCGAUCGAGUGUUUACAGACUGGUGGAGUUUUGCGAAGAAGUUGGCAAUGUUUUCCUGAGGUUCUUAAACUGGUAUGUCGGUCCUAGUUCCAUAUGGCUACGUAUGAUGAGGACAUUCUGAACAACUCUUUUUAUCUUGCAUUUGAAAAACAGCGGCCAGAUCUAUGCAGUAAAGUAGCGGAAUUCCAUGGCAUUGUCCUAGUACCUUGCAGAGACAGCCUGACCAGUGACAGCUAUCCAGCAGCUCAGUUUGAAGCCUAUGUACUGAAGCCUGUGGAUGGAGGUUAUCGGACUGUAAAUGGAAAGGAAGUCUGUAUUCAAGACAACUUGAUAAAACUGGGAGCAGGCUUUACCACUCCAUGCACAGUUCCCAUUCUUUUUGAAGAAACCUUCUACAAUGAAAAGGAACAGAGCUAUAGCAUACUGUGUGUAGCUCGGCCGAUUGAGUUCUGUGCAGUUGAACCAGCCCCACCAUUAGUAACUUCUUGCUUAAAGAAUGUGGAAGAUGUCAGGGAGUUCUUGGGUAGGCACACAGAAAAACUGGACAAGUUCAUUACAGCCUUCCGUGGAACAUUCAAACAGCACGAAAGAAAAGGCUUACGACAUCACAUAGAUCUUGUGAAUGCACUUUACACAAAAUGCCUUCAGUGUUUGCUGAGAGACUCUCGGCUAAAAGUCCUUGUUAAACAGGAGCUUCAAAUGAACUUGAUUAAGCAGUCUGUUGAAAUGUACAUACACCAUGGCAUCUAUGAUUUAAUAUUUAAGUAUAUUGGAACCAUUGAAGCUAGUCAGGAUGCUGCAUUUAACAAAACUACGAGAAGUCUACAAGACGUCCAACAAAAAGAAUUGGGUGUCAAGUCAGAAUACAGCAUCAGUAUACCUCGUGCCAAAUGUGAGCUGAGUCAGCUGAACCGCUGCACCUCCCCGCAGCACAAGCUCACCUGCCUUCGGAAGGUAGUGAACACAGUCAUGCAGGCGCCAAGCCAAAGAGUUAACAUUGAAGGCAUGUGUGCUGAUGAUCUUCUGUCUGUCCUCUUGUAUCUGCUGGUAAAGACAGAAAUACCCAACUGGAUGGCCAAUCUUAGUUACAUCAAGAACUUUCGAUUUUGCAACUCCUCGAAAGAUGAUCUUGGGUACUGUCUCACCUCAUUUGAGGCUGCAGUGGAGUUCAUCCGCCAAGGCAACCUCUCCAUUGGACACAUGGUUUCAGGAAAUGUAAAUGACAACUUGUUCUUCAGACAGAAAAUAAAUCUGCUGUCUCAGAAUGCUGCUACCGCGAUUGACUGUCUGUUUGAGCACAUCGCCGGUGGUAAUGAGAGCGAAGUGGAAAAGCUGUUGAGUGAGGGAAAAAACGAAGAGGAAAAUAUCCCAAUGUGCCAUCCCCUGUGUUCCUGCGACAGCUGCGAGACGCAAUUAUCUGGCAGACUGAAUGACCCGUCCAUUGUCACUCCAUUCUCUAGAGAUGAUCGAGGGUACACGCCACUCCAUAUUGCUGCUAUCUGUGGUCAGUCAUCAUUAAUAGAUCUGCUGGUUGCAAAGGGAGCUGUUGUGAAUGCAACAGACUAUCAUGCUUUAACUCCUCUGCACCUGUCCUGCCAAAAAGGGUACCAGAGCGGCACAUUGCUGCUGUUACACUACAAAGCCAGCACCAAUGUACAGGAUAACAGUGGCAACACUCCGCUCCAUUUGGCCUGCAUGUACGGGCAUGAAGAUUGCGUGAAGGCACUGGUGUACUAUGACGUACACUCCUGCAGGCUGGACAUUCAGAAUGAUAAAGGAGACACUCCCCUCCACAUUGCAGCUCGCUGGGGCUAUGAAGGAGUCAUUGAGGUGCUGCUGGAGAAUGGCGCCAAUACUGAUAUUCCCAACAAGGCAAAGGAGACUCCGUUUCAGUGUGCGCUCAACUCCAAGAUUUUAGCUUUACUGGAAUUCACCUACAGUGGAUUUGGACAGAGUGCUAGUGAGUCUCCUGGAAGAUCUCCUCAGCCCUCCACAGAUACGUGCAGCCGGAGGUCGUCCAUGUCAAGUGUGUCCUCACUGUCCACAGACAUCAAGCACGAGAACGUGAAAGGAAAACACAAGGAGGUGGAGAAACUGUUGAGGGCUGUCGCUGAUGGAGAUGUGGAGAUGGUGCGUUACCUUUUGGAAUGGCUGGAUCAUUAUCCGGAGGAAGGGAAAGAUGAGGAUGAGGGGGAGGGGGAGGUGGAGGUGGAAGUGGAGGUGGUGGAGGAAGCUGGCCCGGGGUUGAAGUCCAAGUUCUGUCACCCGCUGUGCCAGUGCCCAGAGUGUGAACCCGCUCAGAAGAAGCUGGCAAGUGUGCGGGUGAGCGGUCUGGGAGUGAACAUCAGUAACCAGGACGGCUUCACUCCCCUGCAUGUGGCUGCUCUUCAUGGACACGCUCCCUUGGUCUCCUUCCUCAUUGGGAAUGGAGCCAACAUCAACGCUCAGAACUCUCAGAGUGCCACACCACUGCACCUGGCCUGCCAGAACAGCCACCUGCAGGUGGUGACAUCCUUACUUGAAUGCAACGCUAAAUUAAACAAGAAGGACCAUUUUGGAAAUACACCCUUGAUUCAUGCGUGCUUGAGGGGACACCUGGAGACAGCCAUGGUGUUGCUGGAGAGUGGAGCGUCGUUGAAUGUUGCCAACAGUCAGGGGAGCACAGCUCUGCACGAGGCAGUGAAGGGAAGCCACCGCCCCCUGGUGGAGCUGCUGCUGCAGCGUGGGGCAUCGCUGCAGGUGAUGAACAAGCGGCAGCGCACUCCACUAGACUGUGCUGAGGAGAUGUCUGGCAGGAACACUGCGAUUCUUAAGAUUCUGCAGAAAGCUGCGGGGUGCACAGUAGUUGAUGGCACACAGACACUCAAAACACCUGCAAAAGAAAUACCUGUGAAAGUACAGAAAUCUCCAGCUUCUGGAAAGCAAUUUAAAGCCCUUGACGACCCCAGCAGAAGACUUGUCCAGUCAAUUAAUGGAACACAUUUAAGGAAAGCAAUCACAAGAGAAAAACGUGUUCCCAGCUUCGACACCGCCCUGCUUCAUCAGUUGCCAAUAAAGAAGUCUGACAAAACCAAGCUGAGACGUGCCGAGACUAUAGAUCAGCCCUUUACAGCGACCACUGAAGGGGAAGUGACACAAAAUACUAAGGUUGUCAGCGCUCGGACUAAAACCCUGUGUCGCAGCCACACGGUCACUGAGGAGCGCAUACCUGACCACGCAGGGGGAAACUGCAUGGAGCCGGAAGAGUUCUUUGACCCCUCACGUAAAGUCAACGGGCACGCAAACACGUGCGACCACACACACAAUACAAACCAGAGAAUGAACUGUGCUGAUAUAAGGCCACGGGAAAUGAAAGAACUAACUCUGAAAAGCGAGCCAGGGAGCUUUUCUGAAGAAGACUCCAGUGAGGAGCAAUCGUCAUCGUCCCUUGCGAGCCUUGCCUCUCAGCAAGACUCUAAUACAGAGCAGGCAGCAGAUCUCCAAGGGACAGGCCACUAAACCACGGGAACGCCAUUGCAUCGGACCCAGCAAGCAAACUACCUUUUAAAGUCAAGGUCUAGAUGGCGAAUUUUCAACAGGUAAUUUAGAAGUGUCAAUUUCAUGAGCCUAAUCACAAUGCUUAAAGUUGCUGUAGCCACCACAAUAAUUCUAUAAAUGAGUGUUGCACAAUUCAGGUCUCCACGUCAUGUCAGUUUUGAAAGAAAGUUGUGCUCUGGAAGCUAGUAUUUUCAUUAAAAAAUAAGUAAGAUCUGGUAAUAUACUAGGCUAAAGGAAGUUGUUUUCGCAUCCUUGGUUGUUUCACUUGGAGCGUUUCACCUCUUUUUUUAAAUACUUUAUUCCUGUCAUUAAUCGACUGGGUGUUUGCCCUAAUGACGGGCAUGUUUGACCCAGAAGCACUACCUGAAAGCAAGAUGUGCAACGUUUUCUUUAGUAUACCAAAUAUAUAUUUUGUUGACCAUGAAAAUACAUGUUGGAUGUCAUAUUUCAGUAUCUGUCACCUUUAUUAAAUGAAGUGUCUAUAUGAAAAUAGAUCAUACAAAAAAUGAUGUAUACCUUCAGAGAGGUUGUGGUGUGCUGGUGAGUGGAGUUAUUUUUCUGCAGUGUUGAAAGUUUUGAUAAUAAUUUAACCAAAGUCUUGAAAAGGUUAGGUUGAAUACCACAUUGUAUUUAAUUAAUCAAAACCAACUCAUAUAGUCAGUAUGGUUGUAUGUGUCUUGUAUAAAGAAGUCGUUAAGUAAGUUAUAAUAAAAAGGUAUUUAAAUUGCAUUUUUUUUUAUCAUUAAAGAAUAUGUAAAUUGUGUACAACUCAAAGCACUUCUUCAUUUUAAUAUCAAGCCUCCGCAAAAGGACGUGCAUAUCCUAGUGUGGGAUCCUGAUAAUCUUUCUGCCCAUUGCUUCCUGUACCAGCAAUAGGAUUGGUGCCACUAUGUAAAAGAGAAAAAAGAAAAUAAUUUGAAUUUAUUGGGCUAAAAUGUACAAAGUUUUCCUUUUUAUUCAGUUAUUACAAAUGUUGUCACAAUUCUAUCUUUAAACAAAAGCAUGUUAUAGACACUUAUGUUUAUUUUCAUGUGGCAUAUUAAAAAUGCUCAUCUAUAAGCAUUAACAUAGUCACCCAAUCUAUUUAGUUGCAUCUCAGAUUUUACAAGGCUACUCUGUGGAAUCCUGUAGAUUUAAAAAUAAAAAGAACAGAUUGGAUCCCAUAUUCGCAGUACAAUUCUUAAAAUUAGGUGAAAGGAUGAUUUUGAAAUGAUUUAAAAAAACAAAACUUCUUACUCAAAGUUUUAUAAAUUGCAAAUGUAAUUAAUCAAACAGGUCUUUAACAGUCCUUGUGAAUGGAGGCCCCAGUAGUUCAAGUGUUUUGAAAAGAAUGUCUUCUAACGCAACACCUUCAAAGUAAAGGCUUUAUUUUAACUGCUCCUGUCGUAUCUGAAUUCUGGGAUCUCAAAAGCUUGCAGUGACUUCCGAGAUCCAAAUUGGAUUUAACAUUUUUAACAAGAAUAGUUUGUACCUCAUUUUCAGUCCUGCUUCCAGCUUCGGUGCCAGUGUAGCACAUUGGCCGACACAGGAAAGUGAUGAGACGCCCCUGCUUAGAUAGUGAAAAGGCUAGUCCCUUCACAAUGUUACGGGUGUACUGAAUGCACAGCAUUCUGCGAAUUAUACACUUGGAUUACUGGAUUAAGAGCUGCAGUUUGAUAUUGUU